UGUUGGCAUGUUGCUUUCUUUGUGUCUUCUUGUUGACUAACCAAACAUUUUAGUCUUUCAUCUUUAUCUCAUUUAGAAGAAUAAUUUAAUUAAAAUCGCCAAUCAAUACUACAUACAAAUGUCCUGUAUCUCUUUGACCCUGUCGUUUUGAUCUGUGAGUUCCUUUUUCUUUCCGUUUUUUCCUUCUACUCUGUCUGAUACCAAAUCUUUCUUUGUGCUUGAGAAUGGAAGAAGCUGCUGGGAAUGCUGUUAUAGAAGUUGGAAAGUGCUUAAGUGCUCCGAUUGGCCGUCAGUUUAUGUACUUGUACAACUACAAAACCAACUUUCACAAUCUUGAAAAAGAAGCUGCAAGGCUGGAAGAUGCAAGAGAUGAGGUGGAGGCUGAGGUUGUUGCUGCUAAAAAUGAUGUGAAAGAGAUCAGACGGGCUGUUAAGAACUGGCAGAGUGGUGUGGAUUCCAUCAUCGAAGAAACAAAGAAGCUGAUUCAAGAGAAAUCAAACAGCAGUUGUUUCAACUUGAUCACUUACUACAAAAAUGGCAGGAAAGCAUGGAAAAAGCUGAACGCUAUAACUGAACUUCUUCAGGAAAAAGUAACAUUUGCUGAGGUUUCUCUUCCUACCACUCACGAAGUCAUUCGGCUCACUAACAAAGAUUAUGAGGAAUUUGAAUCAAGAAGGUCAGUUUUCAACGAUGUGCUGAAGUCAUUAGAUGAUCCUGAGGUUGGAAUUAUUGGGGUUUAUGGAAUGGGUGGAAUUGGUAAAACCACACUGGUCAAAGAAGUUGGUCAUCAAGCCAAGAAAAACAAGAAGUUGGAUGAGGUGGUUUUCGUAGAGGUAUCUGAUAAACCAGAUACUCAAAAGAUUCAAGAUGAACUUGCGACUCAGUUAGGCGUGAAAUUUGAUACGGACGCUGAACGAGUGAGCAAGUUGAAUGCGAGACUGAAGAAUGGUAAAAAAGUGCUUGUAAUUUUAGACAAUAUAUGGGAACGAUUAGAUUUGGAGGCUCUCGGUAUUCCUUGUGGAGAUGACCGUGGGGAAUGUAAAUUAUUGCUGACAGCAAGAUAUCGUAAUGUAUUAUGGAGUAUGGAUUGUAAGAAAGAUUUCUCGAUGGGUGUCUUAAAGGAAGAAGAAGCUUGGAGAUUGUUUAAGAAGAUGGCAGGUGAUAUUGUUGAUCAAACAAAUAAGCUGGGUUCUCUGCCGAAUGAAGUAUGCAAUGAAUGUCAUGGUUUGCCAGUUGUCAUUACUGCCAUAGCGAGAGCAUUAAGUCACAGGAGACAUGUCCCUGAAUGGGAAGAUGCCCUGCUAGAACUAAGAAAGCCUUUUCCAACAAAGUUUGCAGGUAAGCUAGAAAAAGAAUAUUUAAGGAUUGCGUUGAGUUACAAUUAUCUAAAAGGCAACGAGCUCAAGAAAACUUUGCUAAUUUGUAGCCUAAUGAAAAAUAAUACUACCAUUUCAGACUUGCUCAAACUCAUUACGGGUUUAGAUAUAUUAGAAAGAGGUAACCUUUCUAUGAAACAAGCACGAAAUAGGCUGGCAAGUCUUGUCUAUGAACUCAAGGAUUCUUGUUUGUUGCUUGAUGGUUCAACCAGUGAACAGUUUUCCAUGCAUGAUGUUGUUCGUUCAGUUGUCAUAAUAAUUGCAUAUAAAGAUCAUGAUGUAUUUACAGAGUGAAAUGA